CCAUAUUCUCUUCUCCUGUUAAUUAUCCCCACUUUCCCUCCUGCUGUCCUUCGUAAUAGAUAUAAAAAAAAAGAAGAAGAAAUUCCUUUUGAAAAAGCUCUUCUUCUCUUUGUAAUCUUUGCAACAUCACCAAAUUCUCAUCAUAUUCACCACUAUCUCUUUCUCCUCUCAGUUCUCUCUAUUGCUUCCAUCUUCUUUCUUCAAUGGAGAGCAGACCAGUUCAGCAUUUCCAUCAUCUUUUACUUUCACUUCUUCUCUUUGCUGUAUUGGCUUCGGUUUCUACAGCCGAGCAAGGCGUUGGUACUUCGAUUAAGACCGAUGCUGCUGGCUUAUUUUUGUUCAAGAAGCUGAUCCAAAAGGACCCAAAUGGAGUUUUGUCUGGUUGGCAGCUUAAUAGGAGUCCAUGUGCCUGGUAUGGAGUCACUUGCUCUCUUGGAAGAGUCACUCAGCUUGAUCUUUCUGGGAGUAAUCUUGUCGGGUUUAUAUCUUUUGAUCCUUUAACUUCUCUUGAUAUGUUAUCUUCCUUAAAAUUAUCUUCAAAUCUGUUUACUGUAAAUUCAACUUCUCUGCUUCAUCUCCCAUAUGCCCUGCAAUAUCUAGAGUUAUCUUCUGCUGGACUUGUAGGUGUGGUUCCCCAGAAUUUUUUCUCGCAGAACCCGAAUCUAGUUUACGUGAAUCUUUCUCAUAAUAAUUUAACAGGUUUUUUACCCGAUGAUCUCUUGUCCAACUCUGAUAAACUACAGAACCUUGACCUUUCCUACAACAAUUUUACAGGGUCGAUUUCGGGUCUGAAAAUUGACAACUCUUGCAACUCCUUGUCGCAACUUGAUCUAUCUGGAAACCAUUUAAUGGAUUACAUUCCUGCAUCACUUGCAAAUUGUACAAAUCUAAAGACAUUGAAUUUGUCCACCAAUAUGCUUACAGGAGAGAUCCCAAGAUCUUUUGGUGAACUCAGCAGCUUACAGAGAUUGGAUAUCUCCCAUAACCAUCUCACAGGUUGGAUCCCUUCUGAGUUGGCAAAUGCGUGUGGUUCACUUCUGGAACUUAAGCUUUCUUUCAACAACAUUUCAGGAUCUAUACCUGGAACUUUCUCUUCUUGUUCUUUUCUGCAACUUCUUGAUUUGUCCAACAAUAAUAUCUCAGGUCCUUUUCCAGAUACUGUCCUUCAAAAUCUUAAUUCAUUAGAGGUGUUGCUGCUGAGUUUCAACCUCAUUUCUGGAUCAUUUCCUGCUUCCAUUUCAUACUGCAAAAAUUUAAGAAUUGUGGAUUUUAGUUCCAAUAGAUUUUCUGGUUCUAUCCCGCCAGACAUAUGUCCAGGUGCAGCUUCUCUUGAGGAGCUCAGAAUGCCAGAUAAUCUCAUAACCGGACAAAUCCCUGCUCAAUUAUCACAAUGUUCCAAGCUAAAGACUCUUGAUUUUAGUAUAAACUUCCUCAACGGUUCCAUCCCUCAUGAGCUUGGGAAGCUUGAGAAUCUUGAGCAGCUUAUAGCUUGGUAUAAUGGCUUAGAAGGGAGAAUUCCACCAGAAUUGGGGAAAUGCACAAACCUCAAAGAUCUCAUUCUCAAUAACAAUCACCUUACUGGUGAAAUUCCUGUUGAAUUAUUCAGUUGCAGCAAUCUUGAGUGGAUAUCUCUCACAAGCAAUAGGAUCUCAGGAAAAAUCCCAAAGGAAUUUGGCCUUUUGUCACGGUUAGCUGUUCUUCAGCUUGGAAAUAACACCUUGAGUGGAGAGAUACCAAAUGAGCUUGGAAACUGCAACAGCUUGGUUUGGUUAGACCUGGGCAGCAAUAGGCUUACUGGUGAAAUUCCGCCUAGACUUGGCCGGCAGCCUGGAGCGAAAACACCAGGAGUAAUUCCGUCCGGGAACACUUUGGUGUUUGUAAGAAAUGUGGGUAAUUCAUGUGAAGGAGUUGGAGGUUUAUUGGAAUUUGCUGGUAUCAGACCAGAAAGAUUUAUGCUGGUCCCAACACUGAAGACUUGUGAUUUCACAAGAUUGUAUACAGGGCCAGUCCUGAGCCUUUUUACACAAUACCAAACACUGGAGUAUCUGGAUCUUUCAAACAACCAGCUUCGAGGGAAGAUCCCAGAUGAAAUGGGGGAAAUGAUAGCUUUGCAGGUUCUUGUGUUAGCUCACAACCAGCUAUCAGGAGAGAUUCCUCCAUCGCUUGGUCAGCUCAAGAAUUUGGGAGUUUUUGAUGCAUCACAUAACAGAUUACAAGGCCAAAUUCCUGAUUCAUUUUCCAACUUGUCUUUCUUGGUGCAAAUUGAUCUGUCCUAUAAUGAUUUAACAGGGGAAAUUCCACAGAGAGGGCAACUAAGUACACUUCCUGCUUCACAGUAUUCACACAAUCCCGGACUUUGUGGGGUUCCAUUGCCGGAUUGCCACGGCGGGAAUGGCCAAGCAACAUCAAGUCCGACAACGGAUGGUGACAGAGGAGGCCGGAAGAAAUCAGCCGCAUCAGGGGCUAAUAGCAUUGUUUUAGGAAUCCUUAUUUCCGUCGCAUCUCUAUGCAUUUUAAUUGUGUGGGCUGUAGCAAUGCGAGUGAAGCACAAGGAAGCAGAGGAAGUGAAGAUGCUUAAUAGCUUGCAGGCAUCCCAUGCAGCCACAACAUGGAAGAUUGAUAAAGAGAAGGAGCCACUGAGCAUCAACGUAGCUACUUUCCAGAGACAGCUAAGGAAGCUCAAGUUCUCCCAACUCAUUGAGGCUACAAAUGGCUUCUCUCAAGCAAGUCUUAUUGGCUGUGGUGGGUUCGGAGAGGUGUUCAAAGCCACAUUGAAGGAUGGCUCAAGUGUUGCAAUCAAGAAGCUCAUAAGAUUAAGCUGCCAGGGUGAUCGAGAAUUCAUGGCUGAAAUGGAAACUCUAGGGAAGAUAAAGCAUAAGAACCUUGUCCCUCUGCUGGGCUACUGCAAGAUUGGUGAAGAGAGACUACUCGUAUAUGAGUUCAUGGAAUUUGGAAGCCUAGAUGAAAUGCUCCAUGGAAAAGUGAGGACGAGAGACAGGCGAAUUCUAACUUGGGAUGAAAGGAAAAAGAUUGCAAGAGGCGCAGCCAAGGGACUCUGUUUUCUACACCACAAUUGCAUCCCACACAUCAUUCACCGAGACAUGAAAUCAAGCAAUGUGCUCCUGGACCAUGAAUUGGAAGCAAGAGUUUCAGAUUUUGGAAUGGCAAGGCUCAUAAACGCACUCGACACUCACCUCAGCGUAAGCACACUGGCUGGAACACCUGGCUAUGUCCCCCCGGAGUACUACCAAAGCUUCAGGUGCACUGCAAAAGGAGAUGUGUAUUCAUUUGGGGUUGUUCUGUUGGAACUCCUGACAGGAAAGCGCCCAACAGAUAAGGAUGAUUUUGGAGACACAAACUUAGUGGGUUGGGUGAAAAUGAAGGUAAGUGAAGGGAAACAAAUGGAAGUGAUAGACCCAGAAUUGCUCUCUGUCACUAAAGUAACUGAUGAAGCUGAAGCAGAAGAAGUUAAAGAAAUGGUUAGGUACUUGGAGAUCACAUUGCAAUGUGUUGAUGAUUUCCCUUCAAAAAGGCCAAACAUGUUGCAAGUGGUGGCCAUGUUAAGAGAGCUGAUGCCUGGAUCAGCCAAUGGAAGCAGCAACAGCGGUUGAAGAAAGUGUAAGAAGAUGAGGUUGUCCAUGAUUUUUAUGCUAAGUUUUUAAGAGCUCUCCUGUAUCUAAAUUGCAAUUUUUUUUUUUCUUUUUUCAUUUUUGCUUUGUUGAUCAGUUCCUAACAGCAAAUUAAGCAAUGAGUACGUUCAAGAGUUUCUCCGAAAUUAAGCAAUGUUUCAGGAAUAUAGCUCUUUAUUACUAUUGUUGUAUAACUUUCUGAAAUGUACAUAUGAGCACAUUGAUUCUCUCGUAUUUUUUCUUAA